AUGGGAGUUGAUUUGUGUUCUCAAAUACCAACUGAGUGUUUUGCUAUUAUCAUUAUACAAUCAGGUGCAAUAAUAAUUUUGAUGCUGCUAAUAUUAUUGAUGUAUCGAUAUUAAAUAGUCCACAAAUUACAUCCAAUUAUGAUAGUUGAUGUUGAGCCAAUCAAAUUAAAUAAACUGUAAAAUAUAGCAAAUUGUGAUAUGUCAUACGAUUCAACUAUGCACCAACAAUGA